AUGAACCUUCUAUUCGACCCUAACGUUGCACAAAGUUUUUAUAAAGAUCACUGUAUGUCGACAUUCAAAUUUUACUAUAAUGUUCUGUGUACAUUAACCCGAAAAUAUGCAAAAAAAGGGAAAACAACCAAAGGAAUUGCCGCUGUCGCUAAAAUACGUGAAAUCAAUGUGGAGACAGAUCCAGAGAAAAUUGUAAACUGUUGCUGUAUUAAUUAUAGAAUCGGUGAACAACCUAUUCCACUGAAGCCAGAUAAUGAGUAUCCGGAUUGGCUCUGGAAAUUACGGAUAGAUAGAGGUCCUCUCCCUCUUGACGAGGUUGAUAAAAAUUCCUACUAUUAUUGGAGACGAAUUAGGAAAAUGAACCGUAACCUGACCAAUAAGUUGGCUUCCGUGGAUGGAUGGCAUAGGAAGGAUCAUCGGUCGUUUGAAAACCACGCCCUUCGGUUUUAUGGUAACAUAUACUUAGCUGUUAGUGAAUGGUCUAAUUCAAAGAAACUACUGGAAAAUAAAGAUUAAUCUAUACCACCUUGUAUUUACACAGUACGCCCAAGUAUGAUUUUUAUCUGCAAAAUAAGUUGCAAGUCACCUGAUAUUCAAUCGGAAACUAUUAUGGCAAUUCGUUCCAUUCAGUGAUGGCUUUUAAAAUCAUAAGUAGUGAAUGAUAACGUAUUGUGGUUUGUCCUGUCACUUUCUUAUGUGUGAGUAGCUUUCAUUUCUCAGUAAAAUAUACCUGUUCACAGUUAUUAGUAGAACAGUUAACCUACAAUAUUUAUCUUGACCUACUACACAACAGCUCCAAAAGAUUCUGAACUGUAUGUAAGGGUCUUAACAAUUAGGACUCAACAGUUAUUCUGAUACUAGACAAGGAUUUAAAUUUAUAGAUCACGCACCUAAACACAAGAAGUUCAUUUGAAAAGCCCAUCGUAACAAUUUACUUGCAAAUGGGAAAGUAAAAUAUGUCUCCUACAGCUUCACGCACAUUAUUUAUUUUUAAUCAGUACACAAUCAUCGCCUAUAGGAUACGAGGAUAUCUGCCUCA